UGUUAAAAUAGUAUCAAUUGUCAUGCCCCAACACAACCCCAAGGGGGCAGCACUUUCCCAGGAAAUAAGUGACUAAAUCAAAACACUGUUCAUUAUGUUCUUUAGUUUUUCAAAUGCAUUUUCUGUUAUUUCUCCGGGGCUAUCUGGAGGUUUUGGCGUAAAUACGACGCUCACAAGCACUUUUAUAUAAGGAGUGAACUGAAUAGCCUACACGAUUAUUUAAACGUUGUUUUAGUCCUAUGGACUCCAGUCACUUUAAUUACUGAGCGAACGCUGCCCUCUUGUGGUUCCGUUGAAUAAUUACAGCAGGGUAAUAUUUUCACAGGUAAAUGUCAAACAGAUGGAUAGGAGCUAAUAAUCUUUGUGUCAAACUGUACUUUCACCUGGGAAAAUGUAGGCCCUAGUUUGUUGUAAUCCCUCAAGAGAUCAACGAAGUGUUUUUUUACAGGGACGAGCAAAAAUAACAUGACGUUUUAAUAGAUGGGUUAGCUGGAAAUGUCACGAAAACAAAUGUGCACGUUUCUAUGGGGGGCAGAAGUCAGUGUGAUUCUAGAUGGCCAGAUUGCUAGCAAGAAUGAGAAGUGCCAUGUGGGGAAUCAUCGUCACAGCUUCACCAUGGCUCGCGGCUGCCUCUGCUGCGUCAAAUACAUGCUGUUCCUUUUCAACCUGCUCUUCUGGUUGGGGGGCUGUGGUUUGUUGGGUGUGGGGGUGUGGUUGUCUGUGUCCCAGGGCAGCUUUGCCACCCUAUCACCAUCCUUCCCCUCCAUCUCUGCUGCCAACCUCAUCAUCACCCUGGGUGCUGUCAUCAUGGUUACAGGCUUCCUGGGUUGUCUGGGUGCCAUCAAGGAGAACAAGUGUCUGCUGCUGAGUUUUUUCAUCACGUUGUUGGUUAUUCUGCUGGUGGAGCUGAUCCUACUCAUCCUGUUCUUCGUAUACACAGACAAUGUGAGUGAGAACGCCAGACAGGACCUGAAAGAGGGACUUACUCUGUACAGCACCAACAACAACGCGGGCCUCCGCAACGCCUGGAACACCAUACAAACAGAGUGGCAUUGUUGUGGGGUGAAUGGGUACACAGACUGGCACACUGCCCUGCAGGAGAAGGUGGUUCCUGACCACUGCUGCCAGAAUAUCUACCAGGACUGUGGGCGCAAUGCCACCAACCAGUUCUGGACACAGGGUUGCUAUGAGAAGGUGGAGGAGUGGCUGGAUGACAAUAAACACCUGCUGGGAACCAUCGCCAUGUGUGUUCUGGUCAUACAGCUCCUGGGUAUGGCCUUCUCCAUGACUUUGUACCAGCAGAUCCACCGAUCCGGGAAAAAGUACGAAGCUUAGAACACACAAACACACACACACACACAGAGUUUGAGACCCAUUACUUGUAUACAAAAUUAUACUCUAAAAAGACACACACAUGCCACAAAACAGCUUUUUAUUUAGUGUUUUGUGGCACCCUUGUAUCAUUUUGUGCACAAAGGCAAUAUUGUUUUUUAAUUAUCAUCUUUAUCAUUAUAAUCAGUGUUCUUGGCCAGGAUUCAAUCCGACCGCGGUUUGUCAACAACGCACCGUAAAUGGGUUAUUCCACAAAUAAAGUGCCAACAAUCAGCA